AUGCGUCACGUGCUAGGCCAUCACGAACUGUUUCCUAGCAAUCUGCAGCUCGAAGCCUCGCGAGAAUCCCUUCACACCAACACCACAGCACAGCCUUGCCCUCUCACCGCCGACGCCAGGAAUCACGCGCACAUCAGAAAGCAACUUCUUAGCACUCAAGGAUAUCCCAAUACUAUGGCGCUCAAGGCUCAAGCCGAAAGCAACGGCGCCGCCCCUCAAGAUGCGGAUGAAGCGCGGCGUACAUUCGGAGGCGACCUUUCGCCUGAGAUGCGCGAACGACUCCGGAAUCAGGAGAAAGAAUUUCAAGCUUGGCGCCGCAGCGGAGCAGGCGGCACCGACGGAAGCUGGAACACGUGGGUUGCGUUGAAGAGACGUGAGAAUCGAAACUCUGCGGCCAGAGACUACACCGAGGCAGGAGGUGCAACUGGAGGUGAAAAGCAAGUCAAGAGGGAGUAG